AAACAUCCUUUUCAAUUUAAGCCAUAAGUUAUGUCUGGAAUCUAUCGAUCCCGACUUCUAUGAGGUUCAAAAUCGAUACUUGAUAAGUCAUACCUGAUUUGACUCGCGUCCCUACUACAUUGUCAAAUGGUUUGUCAAACAAAAUUGUCAUUAUUAUUAAGACAAACUAUGUACUCUCGAAGUAAAUGUUAUAUAUAAUUACAACCAGGCAGUACACCGAAGAGUAAAUGUUUUCUGUGAAAAACAGUGAAACGGAUUACGGUUUAGGCAUCGAUGUAAGACUUCAUAAUUGUCAGCCUCAAGAAACGGAACCAACGUCUGUUACUUCAGAUAAAGUAAAGAAAUAGUCUACAACUAUGGAUAAUCUAGAUAUUUGUAUAUCUAAAUUAGCAAUGAAAGUUGAUGAUAUAACCAAAAGAAUGUUAUUGAGGAAACAAACUAAGUUUUCAGGUGGCCGCUUAAAUAGACAUCAAAAAUAUACAUUUCCAGAAUCAAUGCCGAGUAGUGUAGAAAAUGUAAAAGAGACCACCGACACUGAUAAUAGAAAAAUGCGACAUGGAAUUAAAAGAAAAAUUAAUGACGAACUGAAAAUGCCCAAUAACUUCACAUGCGAUCAUUGUGGUAAAUGUUUUCUAACGAAAAGUUUACUGAAGAAACAUAUAAUAGAAGAAAAUAAACUUGACCAGACAAAGAAUACAGAUAUUCAAGAAAGACCUUCCUUUAACGAUUUCUUUUACUGUGACGUUUGUGAAUUUAAAACUAAAGUGAAGCUUUGUAUCGAGACGCAUUUAAAAGUACAUGCAGCUAAGACAGUAAACACUCAUGUCUAUGGACACAAAUGUACACUUAAAGAACACUUAAACAAAGAUUACCUAACACAUACAGAUGAGAAACCAUUCUCAGGUAAUUUCUGUAAAUAUACAUGUUCAGAAAAAGGUCGUUUAGAAAUACAUUUAAUAACACACACAGAUGAGAAACCAUUCUCAUGUCACUUAUGUAAAUAUAAAUGUGCACGAAAAGACCAAUUAAAUUUGCAUUUAAGGACACACACGGGUGAGAAACCUUUCUCAUGUCACUUAUGUAAAUAUACAUGUGCACAACAUGGCAGUUUAAUAAAACAUUUCCGAACACAUACAGAUGAGAAGCCAUUCUCAUGUAAUUUAUGUAAAUAUAAAUGUGCAAGAAAAGACAGUUUAACAUUACACUUUAGUAAACAUACAGGUAAGAAACCAUUCUCAUGUCACUUAUGUAAAUAUACAUGUGCACAAAAAGGUCGUUUAAAAAUACAUUUAAGAAAACACACGGGUGAGAAACCUUUCUCAUGUCAUUUAUGUAAAUAUACAUGUGCCGAAAAUGGCAGUUUAAUAAAUCAUUUAAGAACACACACGGGUGAGAAACCAUUCUCAUGUAAUUUAUGUAAAUAUAAAUGUGCAAGAAAAGACAGUUUAACAUUACAUUUAAAAAAACAUACAGGUAAGAACCCAUUCUCAUGUCACUUAUGUAAAUAUACAUGUGCACGAAAAUGUCGUUUAAAAACACAUUUAAGAACACACACGGGUGAGAAACCUUUCUCAUGUCACUUAUGUAAAUAUACAUGUGCCCAACAUGGCAGUUUAGUAAAUCAUUUAAGAACACACACAGGUGAGAAACCAUUCUCAUGUAAUUUAUGCAAAUAUAAAUGUGCACGAAAAGACAGUUUAACAAUACAUCUAAAAAGAAAACACGCAAGUGAGAAACCAUUCUCAUGUAAUUUCUGAAAAUAUACAACUGCACAAAAAGGCCAUAUAAAUAUACAUUUAAAGACACACAGAUGAGAAACCAUUCUCAUGUCACUUAUGUAAAUAUAAAAGUGCUCAAAAAGGCCAUUUAAAUAUACAUUUAAAAACACACACAGGUGAGAAAUCAUCGUAGUAAAUGUUAGCGUCAAAACGAUAUUGGUCCAUCGUCAAAUUGGCGUCAAAAUCAUGGAAUUGAAUAUCGCAAUGAUGUUAUUACUUCUUAGCUAACAGAUUUAAAUUUUGAAAGCUAAUGAUUAUCAUAUUGCGAUGUUAAGAUUCACUGAAUAUCUAGAAAUAAAUAAAGAAAUAGUUAAAAAAUAACCGACUACCAAACAAAACUAAUUUAGGGUAGGCUCGGAGCCCCUCCGUGUGGGCAUAUAGUGAGCUGGUUAUGAUGAAAAAGUAAUAAAAUAAUUCCUUGAAUAUUUAAACCUCCUUUAUUGUACCUGUUAUGUCUAUUUUACAAUUAUUAUUACAUUGAAGUCGGUGUCGGUCAAUGUAGAUUCAUUACAUAAACGUUACUAUAUGUUAAUUGUCAAAUUUUAUGGUAAAAAUGUAGAAAGCCUUACGUAGAAAUAUUAAUGUCUACCUCGGCUGACACCGACUUCGUAUAUUGUCUGGAAGUCGGUUUUGUUUUUUUGUUACUUUUGUUUUUCUUAAUUCCAUGCGGACUUAUACGCAGAUGAAAUGCCUUUUUUAAGAAAACCACUUUUCGUAAUGAAUAUCAUGACGACUCGACAUAGUGGACAAGCAUAAUGUAAAAAAGUCAGUCUAUACCAUUUGUAUCGUAUAACCAGGCAUUAAAUAUGCAACUUCUUUUGAAUGAUUCUUAUUAAUAUGACUGAAUAAACGAUUUAAAAAAG